CUGUUUAGCAGAGGGACGCGCUACUUGGUUGUGUUCGCCGUUGUGUUUGUUCCUUGGCGAUGUUUCCGAGAAUCUCUGCGAUCAUGCCUCUUCGCCUCCUCUCCCGCGUCCUUUUAUGCUCUGCAGGCUCCGAGACACCGGCGGCUGCGAUUGUGCGACUCGGUGCCCCGCACGGAACGGUCAGGACAAAAAAUAAAGUCCAAAGAUACUUUGGUACGAACAAUGUGGUCUACAACAAGAAGGAUGAGCAGUCUGCACCGACGCAGGAGAUUUCCAAGGAAGCAGAGACCCAAGAGAGGGUAGAGGAGAACACAAAAAAAGACUUGUUAGGUAUUAUUAAGGGCAUGAAAGUUGAAUUAAGCACAGUCAAUGUACAAACAACAAAACCAUCCAGUCGAAGACAACUCAAGGGUACGGAGGCCGUGGUUGGUGGGCUUCCCAAGGCUCCACAAGAGUCCCCCAAAAAGAGAACCAAGUCCCUGAGUCCUGAGCUGGUAGCGGCCGCAGCUGCUGUUGCAGACGUUCUCCCGCUGGAUAAGCAGGUGACCAAGUCCGAGCUGCUCAGGCAGCUCCAGCUGCACGAGGAAGUCUCGCAGGCUCAGAAAGAUGGAGAAAGAGCUAAAAUUAGCGUCAGUAACAUAAUAUCAGAUAUGAAAAUUGCCAAAUCUGCCACAGCUAGAGUUCGUUCAAGACCAGUGCAUCAAAUUCAGUUCGAUGAAGGAUCUAACGACUACAUGGGCCCAAAGGAGACCGAUGACCUUAAAAAAAGUCUUAGGAAAAAUAUAUUCAAAGGAAAGAGACUUAAUAUUUUUGACGUUAAGGCUGUUACUGAAGAGGCCCCUGAAACAGAGACCACACCUUCACUUUGGGAUGUGGAAUUUGCUAAGCAGUUAGCCAAAGUAAACGAACAGCCCCUUCAGAAUGGUUUUGAAGAGAUGAUCCAGUGGACGAAAGAGGGGAAACUGUGGGAGUUUCCAAUUAACAACGAAGCAGGUUUUGAUGAUGAUGGUUCAGAAUUUCAUGAACAUAUAUUUCUGGAUAAAUAUCUGGAAGAUUUCCCAAAACAAGGACCAAUUCGCCACUUCAUGGAGCUGGUGACCUGUGGCCUUUCCAAAAAUCCAUAUCUGAGUGUUAAACAGAAGGUUGAACAUAUAGAGUGGUUUAGAAAUUAUUUUAAUGAAAAACAAGACAUUCUAAGAGAAAGUGGUAUACAGUUCAGUUGAAGACCAUCAAAAUUUCUAUUUCAAGCUGGAGAUAUUAUAACUAAAUUAGAUAAUUUUACUAGAAGUUUACCUGUAUUAUUUUAAUUACUACAUCUGAUUUGAAUGGUAUAAAUGUUAAAUUGCUUAAAAGUAUGUAAUAAUAACUUGAAGAAUAUUCUUGCAUGGAGAAAAGUCAGCAUUCACCAAGUCAACAAGUAAUUCUUAACAGAAGACUGUCUUAUAUCUUAGACUUAGUAAUAAGUUUAAGACAGCUUUCUCCAACAUUUUUCUUUUCAGUGACCAUGCUUCUUUGAAAUAUAAUUAUUAGCCACAUAUCUGAUGAUGUCAGGGUGCUGUAACAGCUAAGAUGAUUUACAGACAGGUUUAUGUGUAGUGAAUAUGUAUAUCUACAUACACAUAUUUUAUAUAUUUGUAUAUAUACAUAUUUAUACAUUUUUAUGUAUUUCACCAUAAAUGUAGUGAUCCUUGCGUAAGUCUGGGUCACCAGCAAGAAGUAACCUUUUAAAAAUAAGCAUCUUGUUCUAGCCCCUUCUGGCCCUUUAGGUCUUCAUGCCAAAGUUAGAAUUGUUUAUUUUUCUACUGUGGUACUUAAUAGUGUGACUCGGUUUCAUACAACUCAAAGGACUGAAGAUUCUAAAAGACUCAAAACAAGAGUUUAGUUUACAGUGGCCCCAGCCUAAUAGGGUUUCAGGCCUCUGGCAUAAGCCAACAAAAAUCCUGCGAAGGAACCCAUUGUAAACUGAGGAUUCAAAUUAUAAAACAUAUAAGAAAACAAAGCAGUGUUGAUUGCACACAAGGAGAAACAGACAACAAAAACAGACUGUGUAAAGCCUUUAAAUACCGGGCUGAUCAUAUUCACACUGUGAACUACAUAUAAGGUAAAGUAUAGAGCAAGAGACAAUAAAAGUGAUUAGACUUCGGAAAAAAUUAGUGAAGGAGUAUAACAGAAUAGUUACUGGAAAGUAGAUCUAAAGGAAUCCGUACAUAGUAGAGAAAAGAGAAAAGAAAUAUGAAAGCCAGGUAAAGAUUGGUAUAAGAGAUAACAUUUGUUAGGCACCUGGCUGGCUCAGUCAGUAGAGCAUGUGACUCUUGAUCUCAGGUCAAGGCCCAUGUUGGCAUGGAGCCUACUUUAAAAAAAGAAAAAGUAAUAUUUGUGCAAUCAGAUUUCCAGAAGGAGAAAAAAGAAGAAAUGGGUCAGAGCUAUCUUUGGAUAGUUAAUGGAUGCUGAGUUUUUACAAUUUAUGAAAGACACCAGUUCCCAGUGGAGUAUGGAGAGAGAACCAGAGAUUUGCUUCUAGCACAUAGACUGUGGCAGAGGUGACUCCCUUGAUUGGGUUUAUGUUCUGUGGGAAAAGUGACAGAAUUAGUCACUCUUGUGAUGACAUUACAUUAUGUAAGACUCCUUGUUAGUCAACUGAGUGACAAUUCUGCUGGCUUUGAAGAAGCUGCCAUAUUGUGAAAAGGCCUGUGCAUGGGCCACGUGGCGGGGAGCUGCGGGCCACCGGGAGCUGGGAGCAGCCUGCAGCAGAAUGGGGAGCUUAGUUCUACAGCCUCAAAUAACCGUUCUGCCAACAAGCGUGGAAGAGGACCCUAAGCUCUGCAAAGGCGCACAGCCUAGCCGACGCCUUGCUUGCAGCCUUGUGAAACCUUGAAGAGGGGACCCAGCUAAGUGACCCACAGAAACCGGGAGAUAAUGUGCAUGUUGUUGUAAGCCAUGUUUGAUGUUAUUUGUUAUACGCCAGUAGAAAAUUAAUACAGAAAAGGAGAAGCAAAAUUGUCAGUAUGAUUAUGUAGAAAAAACAAUCUGUAAACUAUAGAAACUAAGAGAAUUUGGCUAGUUUGCAGCUUCAUUUCUAUAUGCUGGCAACAAAUUAAAAAUGAUUUAGAAGAUACUGUUUAUAGUAACACCAAAAAUGUAAAUAAAUAAAAUCUUAAUGAAAGAUAUGUAA